CGGCACCGCAAUACCGCGAAACUCUGCGCACAGUGGUGCGCCGAUGCGUGGAGGAAACGCCACAAGCGCCCAGAAGACAUCCUCAGAGAGCAACAAGAACAAACGCGCACGAAACGAAGACAAGUAGUUAAGGAUCUUCAGAAAAUGUUCGAUUUAGCACGCGCAGAAAUUGAUAGAAUCCGCUUGGCGCGUUGGGAAGAGGAGCGGAAAAUGGAAGAUCAGCAAGCGUUGGAUCGUGCCAUCAAACAAUCCACCAUGCUCUUCGAGAAAAGGCGACUAGAGAUCCUGGGCGAGACUGCAAGCGACAUUGCUGAAUCCAGUGAAGGCGAAAAGGCCGAAACCGACCCCUCAUCCGAAUCAGGGGAUGAAAGCAACAUGUCGACCACUGAUCUUGAGUCGGAUUAUUCGGCAAUCGUUGAUGACGAUGAAGCUUUGACAGCAGAGGAACUUCAGUUGAAGUAUGCCAAUCUCCUUGGAGCAAAUAAUAUCUCAGACCGGGCGUCUGUUACCUCUACAGAUACAAAAUCGUCUGGAGGUAGUAAUACCUCGCAUCCUAAAUUUUGUGCCGAUGGCUCGCUGGGCUCUCCUACGAUGGUACCUGAGAACAUAAAGCUAGACAAAGUUGACCCAAUGCUUUUGGAUGAGAGUGAUCAAUCAACGGACAUGGAUGACGACAUGGGCGAUAGCGAUGAAGAUGAAGAUGAAGAUUCCGAAGCUUUUUCUGGAGAGGAGAGUGAUGAUGGACCUGGCCUGCUUGGGUUUUUCUCUUCCAAUGAUAUACGUCUCGCAAGUGACCGUUAUGGUAAACAUGCCGUUACUCAAGAUGUCGACUCUGCUUCAGAGGACGAGGAUGAGGACGAGGAUGAAGAGCCUGAAGAACCAGAUGAAGUCUCACUUGUUCCUAAUGGACCCACGAGUCGGGAAGAUAAACAUCGUGAUAUAAUCCAUGCAACUUCUCCCACUAUUGAUCAUUCUUCUGUUACCAACGGGUCACCCAAGCCUGAAACGGCUGCUGCGAAUGCUUCUGACGCCACUGGUCUAUUAGAAGACGAUUUGACUUCCAGGGAGCUCACUGUGGGCCUAGAGCGUCCCCAGUAUGAAGACCAUCAAACCACUGAAGGCACAGUCGUUGCGUCUGAUGAAGCCGGUGAUGACCAAUAUUCCAUCAACGUAAAUCAUGACAAACACGACGAUCGGCAAAGUGGUGAGGCGUCUAGCGAGGCCUCGCCGGGUACGCUUGCCACGAAGCCUUCUGAACCUGAGUCUAUCUCGUCUUAUGAAGCUCCGAUGGAGAAGCCACCGCCAAACGAAUCCCCGGCUGCUCCCGGAUUGAAGACACCAAUACCGCAAUUACUUCGCGGAACUCUGCGAGAAUAUCAGCACUUUGGGUUGGAUUGGCUGGCUGGCCUUUACACAAAUCACAUCAAUGGUAUCCUCGCGGAUGAGAUGGGUCUCGGUAAGACCAUACAGACAAUAGCCCUACUUGCGCACCUUGCUGUGGAGCAUCAUGUUUGGGGACCGCAUUUAGUUGUUGUUCCUACAAGUGUCAUCUUAAAUUGGGAAAUGGAGUUCAAGAAGUGGUGUCCCGGAUUCAAGAUAAUGGCAUACUACGGUACUCAAGAAGAGCGCAGACAGAAACGAAAGGGCUGGAUGGAUGAUACGAGCUGGAAUGUCUUGAUCACCUCGUAUCAGCUUGUACUUCAGGACCAACAAGUUCUCAAACGGAGGAAUUGGCAUUAUAUGAUCCUUGACGAAGCUCACAAUAUCAAAAAUUUCCGCUCUCAAAGAUGGCAGGCGCUCCUCACAUUCAAAACUAGAGCCAGGCUUUUACUUACAGGCACUCCUCUUCAGAACAAUUUGACAGAGCUAUGGUCUCUUCUGUUUUUCCUCAUGCCUUCUGACAGCGAUGGGACAGGAAUCGAGGGCUUUGCUGAUCUGCGAAACUUCUCUGAAUGGUUUCGACGCCCUGUAGAACAAAUCCUGGAACACGGCCGGGAAACGAUGGAUGAGGAGGCAAAGCAAGUUGUCACCAAACUCCAUACUGUCCUGCGGCCCUACAUUCUGCGACGACUCAAGGCGGACGUUGAAAAGCAGAUGCCAGCAAAAUACGAGCAUGUGGUCUACUGCAGGCUUUCCAAACGUCAAAGGUAUCUUUAUGACGGUUUUAUGUCCAGAGCUCAAACGAAGGAAACGCUUGCAUCUGGAAACUACUUAUCUAUCAUAAACUGUCUUAUGCAACUCCGCAAGGUCUGCAAUCACCCAGAUCUCUUUGAAACCCGACCCAUCUCUACAUCGUUUGCGAUGCCAAAGUCAGUGGUCACUGAAUAUGAGGUCUAUGAGCGUCUCAUCAGACGUCGACUUUUAUACGAGAAUCCACUUUCGAAGCUGGAUUUGGACUUUCUCAAUCUGGCCCCAAUUUCUCGAGAAAAUCUUUCGCGGAGACUGGCCGACGACAGCACAAAAAUCAUGGCCUAUGGCCCGUUUAAGGCGCUCCGUGAACGCCAGUAUAAUAGGACAAAUUGGGAAAUGGAAUUCGAUGGCUCUACAAUACAGUCCACGUUGGACUCCUUGGAGAACGUCAGCAGAAUAACGAGAAUGCAAGAGCUAGAGAGGUGUCUAUAUUUCGAAUCGAAGCGUCACGGCCGUCGACCCAUAUACGGCAGCACGCUUAUCGAAUUUCUUACGACUGAUAGCAAGCACCGGGCAGGCAACGCGCGUUCGCAGAAACGGUCACUGGCCGAUCAGUUGUCAAGUCAAUCGUCGGUUCUCGCCUCGAUGAUUUUGUCAAUUGAAGAAAGAUCUCGCAGCAUGGAUGGCUACAUUCAACGAUUCGCCUGCGUUACCCCGGCCGCGGUCGCUACUAGCGUAACUGAAGCUGCUCUUACUCCCAUCAAGAGUCGAUACUUUACGGAAGCACAGAGGGUUCCGCCUUAUGACCCGUUUCAUGAGGUGCAAAUGCGGCUUUCCAUUGCUUUUCCGGAUAGGCGGCUUUUGCAAUAUGACUGUGGAAAAUUGCAGAGACUCGACAAGCUGCUUCGGGACCUAAAGGCAGGCGGUCAUCGGGCAUUGAUUUUUACGCAGAUGACUAAGAUGCUCGAUAUCCUCGAACAGUUCCUCAAUAUUCAUGGGCAUCGAUACCUUCGACUUGAUGGGACUACCAGAGUGGAGCAACGACAACUGCUAACGGAUCGGUUCAAUAAUGACGAUCGCAUUUUGGCCUUUAUCCUGUCCACGCGAUCUGGUGGAUUGGGCAUCAAUCUCACGGGUGCAGAUACCGUUAUCUUCUAUGACCUGGACUGGAAUCCGGCGAUGGACAAACAGUGCCAGGACCGCUGCCACCGUAUCGGCCAGACACGAGAUGUCCAUAUCUAUCGGUUCGUCUCGGAGUAUACCAUAGAAUCGAACAUCCUGCGCAAAGCCAACCAAAAAAGGAUGCUUGACGACGUUGUGAUCCAAGAGGGCGAAUUCACCACAGAUUACUUCACCAAGCUAGACGUUCACGAUAUGAUUGAUGAGUGUGUCUUGGAAGAACAUGACGAGGCCAGCGCUGCAAUAGAUAGAGUACUCGAUACGAGAGGCGCCGGCGUGAGUCGCGUCUUUGAGCAAGCCGAAGACAAGGAAGACCGAGAUGCCGCCAAGAAUGCGCAAAGGGAACUCGAGCACGCAGAUGAUGGUGAUUUUGAGGAUCGGAGCGUUUCUUACGGCACGCCGGCCCGAAUCGGCCCAAGCCAAGCUGGUACGCCACUGGAGACUGGGCCUGACGAAGAAGACGCCCCUGGUGCACGUCUGAUUGCAUCACCUGAUGUUCACGGCGCGGACGACGAAGUUGAUGUGGAACCAGGACCUGGUCACAUCGACAAUUAUCUAUUACGAUUUAUGGAGUGGUUAACAAAAGACGAGCCGCUUGUGUUGCCAACCGACAAGAAUAAGAAGUCCAAAAAGGGCAAGGAGCACCGUGUCGGCAAAAGACGACGUUAAGUCACACAGUCUGGCCAGAAGGGGCAUGAACAACAUACAUUAUUUUGGUUUGCCACUUGAGUGAGUUUCGGCCCGCACAUGCAGCUCGCCCGCCGUUUUAAAUAUAUUAACAUGGUGCUUUGGAUGGAGUUGGGCUCUUUUAAUUCUUCUUAUUCUUUUUUGUUCCUUAUGAUCCCUUUGCCCACAUUUUCUCUUCUCUAUGUCUGUGUUAGUUUACAAUGUGUGUGCGUAUGUGUCUCUGUGUAUGUGUGUCUGUGUGUGUUCCAUUGGUAUACCUGGUCUGAGAGGGUUCCUGUGUUGUUGAUAACGUUGGCGCUUGAUGGGAAUUCAAAUUCAUAUGUAUAUAUAUACUUUUGUAUGUCUCUCUGCAUGCAAAGGAAGAAUUCGCUUAGCAUGUUAAUUAUUGGAUCUCUCACUUGGUCUAGAAUAGCUGUAUAGAUACACUGUAGUAGUUCUUGAAUCACACCAUCUGGACCAC